CAAACCCCAUAUGCUUGCAACUGUGGUUUUCCUGGUUUAUUCAGUUAUGUUUGGAUUUACAAUUCUGAAUAUUCUUGUUUUUGGGGAAUACUUCUUACAAGCUAUUGGAAUUGAACCUACCGAAUACAAGACCAGAAUUACUGGUUUAUUAUUCUUGUAUGUAACGGCUUUGAUUCAUGGGUUGAGUGUGACCCAUGGAAUUAGAAUUCAAAACUUUUUGGGUUUGUUGAAGUUGGGGUUGGCAGUCAUUAUGGUUAUGACGGGCAUAUAUACCUCUUUCUUUCCUUAUUCAAUCACAAAGCUCGAGAACCAUUUGCAUUGGAACGAAUUCUUCCAUGUUAAGACAUCCAUAUCUACAUCCAAGUUUUCAAGUGCUGUUAUUAAAGCUACCUUUGCAUACGCAGGAUGGAACUCUGUGCAUACUGUGUCUAACGAAAUUAAAGACCCCGUGAGAACUUUUAAGAUUGCCGGUCCUUUAUCAUUAAUAAUAGUUACUAUAACUUACGUAUUUACUAAUAUUGCUUACUUGGUGGUUAUACUGGACGAUGAAAUCAGAAGUAGUGGGAAGUUAAUUGGAUCACUUCUUUUCGAAAAAGUAUUUGGUUACAGAUUCGGUAAACAGUUUUUAACAUUCGCUGCUGCAUCUUGCGCUGGUGGAAACGUCUUUGUUGUUUUAUAUACCAUAUCCAGGACCAGUCAGGAGGUUUUCAAAGAAGGUUAUCUACCAUUUUCACAAGUCAUGGCCUCAAACUGGCCAUUAGAUGCCCCAAUGCCAAGUAUAAUCCUAAGCUGCUUCUUAUCAACUGUCGUAGUGCUUGGCUCACCCGGUAAAGAUAUUUAUGGUUAUAUCGUUUCUUUAGAAGGUUAUCCAAACCAGAUAUUCAUCGGUUUAGCUACAAUAGGUAUUUUCAUUAUUAGACGAAGGUAUCCUCACGUAAAGGCUCCAAUUAGGGCAUCUUACAUCGGUACGGUAUUGGUGUUAUUAAUCAUUACCUACCUUUCGGUUUCUCCUCUUGCCACUCGCCAGAGCCCCAACCCAGAAGGUUUAGAAAAUUGGCCAAAUUUUGCAAUAGUUGCAAUUAUGUGUAUGGUGGCUUGUGUUUCAUAUUGGGCCAUCAUGUUUAGGAUAUUUCCAAAGAUAUUUGGAUAUGAGCUUAUAUCAGAAGACUUCGAACAAGAGGAUGGACUUGUGGUGAAGAAGUGGAUAAAGGUAUACCGUUAGAAAAUUCAAUUAGAUUAUUUAUUUAUUAUUCUUUAUAAAUCUAUAGACUCAC